GCAGAGCAUCCCCCGGCGCAGCGAUGCUGAGCACCGCGGGCUUGAGCGGCCCGAGAGCCCUGGGCGAGGAAUCGCUGCAGAUGUGGGAGCUCAACAAGCGGCUGGAGGCUUACCUGGAGCGGGUGAAGGGGCUGGAGGAGGAGAACGAGGCGCUGCGAGCCGAGAUCCAGAGCGCCAGGAGCGGCCCGGGCGGGGAGCAGCGGAGGGGCGAGUACGAGGAGGAGCUGCGGGCGCUGCGGGAUGCGCUGCGGGACGCCCACAGCGGGAAGUGCGCGGCGGAGCUGGCCCGGGCCAGGCUCUACGAGGAGGUGCAGCGGGUGAGGAGUCGGUGCCGUAAGGAGCAAGCGGCUCGGGAAGCGGCCAAGCAGGAGCUGUCGGUGAGCAGGAAGGAGCUGGAGGAGGAGAGGAGGGCGCAGAUCUGGCUCAAGGAGAGCGCCGUGAGGCUGCAGAAGGAGGUGGAAGCUCUGCUGGAGGUGCACGAGGAGGAGAAAGCGGCGCUGGAGCAGGACCUCGCCGGCUUCUCGCAGAGCCUCGAGAGCUUCCGCUGCGCGCCCGUGGCUUUCCAGCCCCUGGAGGUGGAGGAUUACUGCGAGCGGCUCUCGGAGAUCUGGAAAGGGGCGGUGGAGACCUACAGGGCGGAGGUGGGGCAGCUGGAGGGGUCCCUGUGCCAGGCCAAGGAGAGCCUCUGGAAGGCUGCGGAGGGGAACCAGCAGAGCCGGCUCCAGCUCCAGCGCCUGGAGAAGGACCUGGCUGGGCUCAAAGCGCGGAAGGAGAUGCUGGAGGAGUCCUUGUCCCGGCAGUGGCAGGAGCAGCGCGGGGAGGCAGAGAAGUUCCAGCUGGCGCUGGAGGCCCUGGAGCAGGAGAAGCAGACGCUGCGGGUGCAGAUCGCCCAGGUCCUGGAGGACAGGCAGCAGCUCAUGCACCUCAAGAUGUCCCUGAGCCUGGAAGUGGCGACCUACAGGACGCUGCUGGAAGCAGAGAGCACCCGCUUGCAAAUGCCAGCAGGGGAAUACCGGCUGGCCAACGGCUUGAGAGAUCUCAAGCUGGAGGGGAGCAGCAGCACCAAGCUGGGCCCUGAGGCCAGGAGGACGCUGCCCUGGGAGCCCCGAGCCAGCCCCUUGCCCCUCAGCAGGGCAGAGGGGAGGGGGCAGCCAGGGAAAGGCCCAAGUGAUGCUCUGAGCCCCCAGACCCCGAGCGCGGGUACCAGGGAGCUCCAGUGCAUCAAUGCUGCCCAUGGCCCAGCCCCACGGGAUGCUCCCAGCUUCCCUGCAGCAAGCCCCUCACAGCCCAUCCAGCUCCCCCCAGAGCCCCCCAGCCCCACACUGGGGAGCCCAGGGGAGGGUCCUGCCUGGCCGGGGGGAGAUGAGGAUGAGAGGAGCCAAGGGAAGGAGCAUCCCGCACCCGAAGCCAUGGAGAAGCCCCACAGCCUGCGGUACCCGGCCCAGCUGGUGAGCGCGGCGCUGGAGGAUGCACUCAAGGAGAUGAAGGAUGAUGCUCAAGCCAAAGAAGAGCCCGUGCUCAGCGCUGCCUGGGCCCCCCUGGGUGCCCCCAGCCCCAUUCCCCACACAGAGGCAGGAGAAGGGCAAGACCCCUCUGAGGGUGAUGAGGAUGGUGAAGGCCCGGAAGCAGAGGAGAAGGUUGAGGGGUUCAUGGUCCAGGGGCUGGGUGCGGAGAGCAGCGCCCAGCAGGAUGGAGCCGCGUCCCCUCCUUGUGGCUUUGCUGCUUCCCUAAGGGCCACUGCGAGCCGGGGAGAGAUGGGAGAGGGAGAAGAGGAGAUUCCCCCUGUGCUGAGCCCAAGGGAACCAGAAGCGGUGGCCCAGGAAGAGGACAAGAGCAGCCCUGGCCAGACAGGGCCCAGCUGGGAAGAGCCAGAGCAAGGGGAGGAGGAGGUGGAGGUCCCAAGCAUGGAGGCAUCGCACCCGGAGGAGGAGGAAGAGGAGGAGGAGGAGGAGGAGGAGGGAGCAUCCCCCAUCCCCUGCGGGGAGCACGGUGACUUCCAGGGUGAGGGGAUGGAUGAGCACCAAGAGGAGACCCCCCCAAGGGAAGCUGCAGGUGCUGGUGCUGCCCCCGAGGGAAGCCACCGGGGCCUGGAUGAGGACGUUAGGGAUGGAGAGCAGGAUGAUCCCGAGCACCAGGAGCCUGAGCGCGAGGCAGGGCAGGAGCCCUGGAGCAUCCAUGGGGCCAGCCCGGUGCUGGAGGCUCCAUGGGGGGCUGAGGAAGAUGCGGUGGAAAGGGAGGGCUCAGGCAGGGCUGAAGGGGAGGGAGAGGAGGGGGAGGCCAGCGGGGGGGUGCUGGGGGCAGGACCCGGAGCCCUGGGCCGGGAGAGCAGAGCCCAGGAGGAGCCGCAGGGAAAGGACCUCAUGGAAGGGGAGCGGGAGCCGGAGCAGGGAGAGGAGCCCUGGGGCCAAAAGCCCCCUGCAGAGCCCUGGGAGGAGGCAGCGGAGGGCACGGAGGGGGCUCUGGGGACAGAGGAGACCCCACGGAGCACAGGAGGGCUGGGAGGGGAGGACAGAGCUGGGGCACGGCCGGAGGGAACCCAAGCAGAGGGGGCUGAAGGGGCUGAGCCGGCCCCGGAGCUGGCCAGGGAUGAGCAGGACGGCUCCAUGGGGCAGGCGGUCCCCAGCAGUCCCCUUGGGCGAGGGGGCAGCCCGGAGCUGGCCGAGGCCCUGGAGGAGCCAUGGGAAGGGCGUGAUGAGGAUGCUGAUGAUGCUCCCGGCUCCAUCCCUGCGGAGCUUCCACAGGCACCAGGCAUGGAGAGGGAUGGGGUGCUGGUGGAGCAGGAUGGGCCAUUGGAGGAGGAUGAGGAUGAGGAUGAGGAUGGGGGCUUGGGGGAGCUGCAGGAGGCAGCAGGGCCAGGCAGGAUGCUGGAGCUGGAGGACACGCUGCCCGACAGCACCCCCCUGCACCUCUAUGGAGGGGAGGUGCUGGAUGUGGCCCCAUCCAACCAAACCCCUCUGGAGGCUGAGGACACCUUGGAGGCAGCUCCAGAGGAUGAAGGGUGGCUGGAAGGGGGGGACAAGCCCCCAGCAUCCAGCAUGGCCCAGAGGCGUGAGGAGGAGGCAGGCGCAGAGGGUGCUGAGGAGGAGGAAGGUUACUUCAUGGUCUCUGCCCCCAACCAAGAGGGUUCCAGCUCGGAGGAAGCCGAGGUCUCCGAGGACUUUGAAGAGAUCAAGGCUGAAGCAAGCGAAGGCAGCAGAGGUGAUGGGGAAGCGGCUGGAGGAGCAUCCCCAGCACCAGGGAACCAGGGGCACUUUGAGGCACCACUUGGAGCAGAUGCAGCCAUGAGGAUGCCCACAGAGAUGCUGAAGGAGGAGGAGGAGGCUGAGGGGGGUUCCUCAGAGCCGGAGGAAGGCCCCGUUGUGCCCAGGGCCAUGGGGCCAGUGGCAGCAGGCACUGAGGAACCAGCCCAAGCUGCUGAACCGGAUGAGGAGCUCGAUGGAGCAGUGGAGCCGGACGGUGCCGGAACAGCCCAAGGCUGCAGCCUGGGGCUGCAGGAGGAGGAACCCAUGGCCGAGCCCAUCCCUCCAGCAGGGCUCCAGCCCCAGGAGGUGCCGGUUCCUCUGCCCCACCAAGGAGAGCAGCACCCAUCAGGUGAGGAGCACCCAUCAGGUGAGGAGCACCCAUCAGAUGAGCAGCACCCAUCAGAUGAGCAGCACCCACCAUGUGAGGAGCACCCAUCAGAAGAAGAGCAUCCAUCAGAUGAGCAGCACCCAUCAGAUGAGCAGCACCCAUCAGAUGAGCAGCUCCCAUCAGAUGAGGAGCCUCCAUCCACGGAGCAGGACGCAGGGGAUGGUCACAGCCUUCUCCCAGCUGAUGCCAAGGAGCCCCCCGAGGCUGAGCCACCUCAUGGCAGCCCCGUACCGGAGCAGGGGGCAUCCCCAGAGGUGCUUGAAGAGCAACCGGAUGCCGUGGAGGUGCCGCUGGGCAUCCCGGAGGCCCGGGAUCUCCUGGAGCUCGUGGAGCAAGCCUUGGAGUUCAACCAGGAGCUGGUGAUGGGCGCGAGGGCGGCCGAGGGCAGGGAGCAGGGGCCCGGCAGCACCGAGGAUGCUGGGGAAGGUUCCUCCCCGACCUCAUCCAGCGCGGAGGAGCCCACGGUGCAGGAGGCGGCGGCGGAGGCGGCUCCGGUGCGGGCUGAGAACGGGCUGCACCGCGCCGCCAGCCUGGAGGACCUGGCUGAGCUCAGCGAGGAGGUGCCCAACGGCAUCACCGGUGCAGCUCCAGGAUUCCCUAUGGAGAGCACAGACCCCACUGUGGCCAUGCUGGGCACCGGAGAUGCCGCCGGCACCAAGGGAGCCGAUGCCAUCGCAUGUGGCAAACACGGCGAUGCCGUCCCCAUCCGAGCCGAGCAGGAGCCCUGCUCCAUGGGGGAUGAGUGAUGGGGACCCCUCCGGUACCCCCCACCCUGUGAUAACCCAGCACCCCCUUUGCCACCCCCC